AACUGCGGCAGAAGACACAAGCAAGGCAGUCAAAGCAGAGCCCCAAGAUGUGGUGCCUCCUCCUGCUGCUCUGCUCCCAAGGAAUUGCCUUCUCGGCAGGAUCCACAACAUCCUCCACUCUGACUUCAGACAAAAGCCAGUACACCAAGAACCGCAACCCUGAAUCCUUCAUGAAUGUGAGUGAAAUGAUCAGGUAUCAUGGAUACCCCAGCGAGGAGUAUCAAGUCACCACAGAGGAUGGAUAUAUUCUUGGUGUUUUCAGAAUUCCUGCUGGGAGGAACAGCCAAAAUACAGGCCAAAAGCCUGCAGUCUUUCUACAGCACGCUUUUCUAGGAGAUGCUACCCAUUGGAUUUCUAACCUGCCCAACAACAGCCUGGGCUUCCUCCUCGCAGAUGCCGGCUAUGACGUCUGGUUGGGAAACAGUCGAGGGAACACCUGGUCUUUGAAACACCAGACCCUUCAGCCCUGCCAGAAAGAGUUCUGGCAGUUCAGCUUCGAUGAAAUGGGUAAAUACGAUAUUCCAGCAGAGCUGUAUUUCAUCAUGAAUAAAACGGGACAGGAGGAUGUAUACUAUGUUGGUCACUCCGAAGGCACAACUGCAGGCUUCAUAGCAUUUUCUACAUACCCUGAGCUUGCUAAGCGGGUGAAAAUAUUCUGUGCUUUGGGCCCAGUAAUCACAUGCUCACAUGCUACAAGCCCUUUAAUUAAGAUAGCAAAGGUUCCUGAGCCACUUAUCAGGUUUGCAUUAGGCAGCAAAGGAGCCAUGCACCAAAUUGGAUUUCUGAAAGGACCUGUGACACAGUUAUGUGCAAGCCUGGAUAAGUUUUGUGGCCAUGUGCUCUGUAACAUAGCUGGAGGCAACAUAAAAAAUUUGAACACGAGUCGAAUAGAUACAUACGUAGGACAUUCGCCUGCUGGAACGUCAGUGCAGAACAUUCUUCACUGGUGUCAGAUUCCAUAUGCAGGCCAAUUUCAAGCUUAUGACUAUGGCUCUAAGGAAAACAUUAGGAAAUACAACCAGUCCACUCCUCCUGUGUACAAGAUAGAGAAGAUAAAUAUUCCAACUGCUGUCUGGAGCGGGGGAGAGGACAAAUUUGCAGAUCCAAAAGACAUGGCCAAGCUACUUCCUCAGAUUACUAAUCUCAUUUACCAUGACCAUUUUCCUGCCUGGGGACACCUCGAUUUCAUCUGGGGCCUUGAUGCAACGGAGAAAAUGUAUGAGAAAAUCAUUGAAAUAAUGACAAAAUAUUUUUGAAACCACAUGCACAGUGUCAGUUCGCUCAGUAAAACCUCAGGCAUUGGGCAGUAACGGUGAUAAACGCACAGACACAUACAAUGGACACCAGUCUAGG